ACUUGUUGCAAGAUUAAGUUGAAGACUUGUUCAAACUACAAACAGUCUCAUCAUCAAACUAAAAAUGGGUAGCUUGGGAGAAGAAGAACUUGAUCAGAUGGUCAGAGACUACAUUGAAUCUUCUGACUCACACUCUUCCCUCUCUUUCUCUUCUUCAAAACCUCUUCAUCCAUCUGAAUAUCUCACUCUACAGGGUAUCCUUGGGAAAAUCUCAGAUGUUGAAGCUGAGAUUCAGCAGAAAAUUUCCAUGUACAUCAAGAAUUCGGGAAGUUUAGUGGAGACAAAAAAUCAGAGAAAAUGGGCAGCUAUGAGACUAAAAGCUGAUGGUUUUGAAGCGUCUCUAUGCAAGACGACUUGGGACUCUUCUUCUUGUUUUUCCAAAGCGUUCCAAUCAACAGAGAGUUAUGAGUACAUUGAAGUUAUGGUCAAAAAGAGCAGCAUUAAUGGCGGCAUACCAACAAGGCUGUUAGUGGAUAUAGAUUUCAGGUCUCAGUUUGAAGUGGCAAGGCCUACACAAACUUACAACGAUCUCGUCAAGAUUCUUCCAACGAUUUUUGUUGGUACUGAGGAGAAGCUAAGGGAGAUAAUAUCAUUAAUUUCCCCAGCUGGUGAGAAAUCCUUCAAGGAAAAAGGCCUCCAUUUUCCUCCAUGGAGAAGUGCCAAUUACAUGAAGGCAAAAUGGCUCUCCACAAACUAUAAGAAACUCCCAUUGUCAUCAAAUCAGAGUGAACAAAAAGGCAACGAUGUUAGUAUAGUUUGUUGUCCUUUGAUGACAUAUUUAGCAAAGGGCAAUCAUCAUUAAGGAAAUGCAUAGAGAAAAA